CUAAAUUCUUGCCCCGUCCAACACUCUAUUUUUAAUAUAAAUACAACAAAGUUUGUAUUAUUUUCUCUCUCUCUCUUUCUUUCUUUCUUUUUUUUCUAUCAUGGAUAUCUGUCUUUUACUCAACACAACACCUUCUAAAGAAAAAGAAAGACCUUUUGCAUGUCAUUGGAACAACGAAUGUACAAAAAGUUUUACGAGAAAAUCAGAUCUUGUACGCCAUAAACGAAUUCAUACAGGUGAAAGGCCAUAUCACUGUCAAUGGAGUAAUUGUAAUAAACAGUUUAUUCAACGAUCAGCAUUGACGGUUCAUCUCAGGACUCAUACAGGCGAAAGACCUCAUGUCUGUGAGUUCUCAGAUUGUCAAAAAUCAUUUAGUGAUUCAUCUUCAUUAGCCCGGCAUCGCAGAACACAUUCAGGAAAAAGACCUUACAAUUGCGAGAAAUGUAAUAAGCGCUUUACACGAAAUGCAACACUUAAAAGACAUCAAGAGCAAAUACAUGAUACACAAACAGUUACACAACAGCCAUUCCAUUGUCAUUCUUUAGAUCCCGAGGAAGACUUGCAGCACGUGAAACAACCUAGCCAAUAUCCAUUAACACCACCUCAGGAAUCCGCUUUCCUGUCUAAGAAAGCCAUGAGGGACGAGUACUUUCGCUCCUUUUGCUAUAAGCAAAAUAAUUCUUUAUCACUAAUGUACUUGCCAUCUUUUCAAAAUCAAGAAUAUCAAUUCCAUAACCUUUAUGCAUAAAGACGCUUAUUAGAGAAUCACUCUCACUGUACAUAUAUAUAUAUAUAAAAAAGCGC